GGUAACGCCUAGUAGAUGUGUGAAGUUAGACCGAAAAAAGACAGAAAACAUGAAAUUGGUCUGAUAUCGUGAAAAUGAUAUGGUACUUUUUUAAAAGUUCGUUAGUUUGAGACAAUGGAUUCCAUUAAUGACCUUUUCAAGGUAGGAAGGCAGCCGAAGACAGAGAAGGAGAUGAUUCGAGCUUAUGUAAAAGUUAUAGCCCUUGAAGCUUGUGAAGACAAGUAUAAUGAAGUAAUGCAAUGCUUCCAGAAGAGCUGGUUUCCUGAUUGUCAUGAACAGCAGACUGGAUUCUGGGAUUGCUAUAAAAAGCACACUAUAGACUUGAGGAAGAAGCAUGGAGUAUAUUACUGAGAUCUUUGACACAAGCGUGCAGGAGAGAAAGAGGCAUAGAUUGGUUGACUGGAAAAAAGUAUACAUUGAUAAGAGUAAAGAGAUAGCAUUGUCAAUUCAAUAUAUGAAACAUUCAGUUACCACAUACAUGUCAAUCAAAUUAAUAUGAAAAUGCUGUCAAAUUGCCCAAAACUGGCAGUGGAAUGAGACAGGUCAAUAAACUCUGUAAAGCACUAAA